AUGCGAACAACACCAUUCUCCCUCACCUACUGCCAUGAUGCCGUCUUGCCACUUGAGAUUUCGGUUAAGUCCUUAAGGGUAGUUCGCCAUGCCGAAUGGAGUACAGAUGAAUAUGAGCAAGCCAUGACACAAGAGUUAGACGACCUCGACGAGGUCAGAUUAGGUGCUUUAGAUAGAUUGACGGCCCAAAAAGAGGUCGUGGCUUAA